UGGGCCACUUAGAUCAACGUUCGUCUGUCACAGAGUCCUUAUUAUAGCUGGUCCUCAUGGUUAAAUUAUUCAACGAUGAACCAGCCUGCCCCACGUUUCCUGGUGACCACCAUGGCCCUUGGCUGUCCUUCUGUCUGCACAGAAGGACAGCCUUCUUGUUUAAAUAAGGGUUGUGUUUACAGAAGAGGUAUCUUCAGUUUGGACAUUGACUUUGUGAGCUUUCUGCCAAUUACAAGAUAUAUUUUGUUUGUAUUAGCAAAUGGGUACACCUGACUAUAUAUCCUGACAUUGUGUGAAUCAGUCUGAAAUAAUUGUUAUCCAUGUAACAAUGAAUUUGAUACACAAAAUGACACUUUACAGAGUUUGUGUUAGUCGUAUUUAAGAUGUUGUUUGAUGUGGUACAACAAUCUCCAGUAGAUACAUCUAGCUCAUGAAGGCAUUUGGAAGGCACUGGGAAAGGAUCGUUGGCAGCCUGUGUGUUUUGGACUAGUAAGGGCCUCUGACAUUUUCCCUUCUGUCUCAUUGUUAAGGCCAUCACUGCUUUUCAUCAGGCUGGUCCUUUGGUGUCUGGGCUGCCUACAGCAGUCUACUGAAGCGCACGCUUCUACUGCCUGUAGUGUGCACAGCAGGCAGAGAGAGAGAGAGAGAGAGAGAGAGAGAGAGAGAGAGAGAGAGAGAGAGAGAGAGAGAGAGAGAGAGAGAGAGAGAGAGAGAGAGAGAGAGAGAGAGAGAGAGAGAGAGAGAGAGAGAGAGAGAGAGAGAGAGAGAGAGAGAGAGAGAGAGAGAGAGAGAGAGAGAGAGAAAGGGAGACGGAGAGAAAGAGUGUCUUCAAAAUGGACGCCUCACAUACACACACACAUACGCGCACAGCCACCCACACUGUCUUAGAGCACAGCCAGCGAGGAAUCCGAUAUGCACUGUGUCAAGGCUGUGGAACAGGAUCCUCCAUAUUUGAUAAAAGACCCAGCAGCCACUGUGGUCCAUAUGGGUUGUAGGGCAGCGAGGGACUUGGAUAUUUCAGGGUUGUUUUAGCGUUGACUGAGGAGCAGUGCUCUCUGCAUUGCAGCAUUGUGGCUGAGGAGAGAGUGGGGAGCAGAGAGCCUGUGUGGCACACUGAGCCCGUCGCCCAAUCAGGUACCUCCGUGUGGUGCUCAAACCAAUCGGCAGCUCAGAGCUGAGGUUAAAGAUUGACAAUCGCAGCAGAGAGCAGCAAGGAGAGAAGGCCCCUCUGGGAAACCAGGACCUAACGUUUGCCUCAUUCUUCAACGGCCUGAAUAAUCAUAACCGCUAAUAAUACUGCUAGUAACAAUAAGAGAGACUAAUGACACAGGCGGAAGAAUCUGUGUGUGAGUAAAGAUUUAAAAGUGUGUCUGAGGAGGAGGAGGAGGGGAAGAAUGAGACAGACACUGUAGAGGGAAUGGAGAUCUCAACACGAUCCAAAGCAGUUUCAGACGUGGGGUCUGGGCUGGAGCGGGUUGCCCAGAAACGCAAGGUGCCAAGCCCCUCCCAGUCGUCCAAUGGCCACUCGUCGGCGGAGACGACCCCGAGUCCCUCCAAGAAGAAGAGGAAACCCGGGCCGUUGGGCGGGAACAAAGACCAGUCAGAGCUGAGACACGGCCCCUUCUAUUACGCCAAGCAGCCGGCCCUCAACGCGGACCCCGUGGACACGGCCCCGCAGGACGGCAGGAACGACUUCUACUGCUGGCUGUGCCACCGCGAGGGCCAGGUGCUCUGCUGCGAGCUCUGCCCCCGGGUGUACCACGCCAAGUGCCUCAAGCUGCCCGCCGAGCCCGAGGGAGACUGGUUCUGUCCCGAGUGUGAGAAAAUAACAGUUGCAGAGUGUAUAGAGACUCAGAGCAAAGCCAUGACGAUGCUCACCAUAGACCAGCUAUCGUUCCUGCUAAAGUUUGCCCUGCAGAAGAUGAAGCAGCCAGGUGACCACCCCCGCUUGUCAUCUCACCCCCCCCAUGCAGCUUCCACGCAGAGAAAGACUUUUAAUUGGACCGAACCCUUCCAGAAACCUGUCUCUCUGGAACAGCACCCAGAUUAUGCUGAGUAUAUUUUUCACGCGAUGGAUCUUUGCACACUAGAGAAGAACAUAAAAAAGAAGAUGUAUGGAUGUACAGAGGCCUUCUUGGCAGAUGCCAAAUGGAUUUUACACAACUGCAUAAUAUACAAUGGAGGCAAUCACAAACUCACAGCAACGGCUAAAGUAAUAGUCAAAAUCUGUGAACAUGAAAUGAACGAGAUUGAAGUUUGUCCUGAGUGCUAUUUGUCAGCAUGCCAAAAGAGGGACAAUUGGUUCUGUGAGCCGUGUAGUAACCCCCAUCCUCUUGUCUGGGCUAAACUGAAAGGAUUUCCGUUUUGGCCCGCCAAAGCUUUACGAGACAAAGACGGACAGGUGGACGCACGCUUUUUCGGACAACACGACAGGGCGUGGGUCCCUUUGAACAAUUGCUACCUCAUGUCCAAAGAGAUUCCCUUUUCUGUGAAAAAGACCAAGAGCAUCUUCAACAGUGCCAUGCAAGAGAUGGAGGUCUACGUGGAGAACAUGAGGAAGAAGAUCAGUGUUUUCAACUACGCCCCCUUCAGGACACCAUACACCCCCGACAACAACUUUCAGAUGCUGCUGGAUCCCUCCAACCCGUCGUCCACCUCGGUCAAACCCGAGAAACAGGAGAAGAUCAAGAUGAACUUCGACAUGACCAUGUCUCCCAAGGUUCCCCUGGUCAGGAGCCUAGGGUCCGGCCCGGGUAUGGCUGGAGGCACAACGGCCCGGAGGGUCUCCGUCAGUGACCUGCCGCGCUCCCCCAUGAGCACCAACUCCUCCGCCCACACGUGUUCCGACGGGGAGCAGGAGUCGGCAGACAAGCCCCCGACCAAAGGCCCGAGCCACCAGUAUAGCACUGGGGAGGAGUCCAUGGACUGCACAGCAUCUUCGGCAUACACGCAACCCACUCCCAUAAGCUGUUCCUCAGACACCUCCAAACCUUUCCGUUCUCCAGCUCCCGGCCCGCCGGUGGUUGCAAAGCAGGAGAAACCUCUCCCCACAGCAAGUAUUCUAAACCUCAACCUAGAUCGCAGCAAAGCAGAGAUGGACCUGAAGGAGUUGAGCGAGACAGUCCAGCAGAGGCAGGGAGUGACCCAAGUUCUGACCUCACCGAAGAGACAGAUUAAGAGCCGUUUUCAGCUGAACUUGGAUAAAACCAUUGAAAGUUGCAAAGCACAGCUGGGUAUAGAUGAGAUCUCUGAAGAUGUGUAUAAGGGGGUGGAGCACAGCGACUCUGAGGAAUCCGACAAAUCAGACUCCAGCGACAGUGAAGAUGCCAGCGAUGAGGAGCGGAAGCCAAAGGACGCUCCAGACGCUCCGGCCAGUGACCAAACCCCGAAGGAGCUUUCUGUUCCCAAAGUCCCCGAGCCCUCUUCCCCCCACAAAGACACUAAGAGCAGUCCUGAAAACGCAGUGGGAUCAAAAUCGGCCUCUGAUAAUUCCAGUCCCCCAGCAGCAGAUGACCCACUGAAAGAUAGAGCAGGCACCGACAGUGAUAAAAGGAGCCCAGACGGGAAUAAAGUGGCCUCGGCGUCCCCUGUGCCUCGAGAGAAGCCCCCGUUGAAAGAGGCGGUGCAGCGGUCCGUCCCAGUCGAGGACUCGGACUCUGAGAGGGAGCUGGUCAUCGACCUGGGAGAGGAGCAGGCCGGAAAAGAGAAAAAGAGAGCUAGAAAGGACAACACAUUGGCUAAGUCAACUCCUGCCAAGGCAGAAGGCAAAGUCCAACCGGUGGCAGUCACCCUUUCCCAAAGCCCCGCUGCUCCCUCCACCUCCUCCAGCGGGGCCCCCGCGCCUUCAGCGCUCGCCAUCCCCGUGACCAUGGUCCCCCUCCCCGCCACCUCCCCCGUGGUCAUCAGCGCCGCCCCGUUACCCACCGCCACCCUGACGGCUGCCCCGCCCGCCGCCCCGCCCACGCCCACGCCCACGCCCACGCCCACGCCCACGCCCACGCCCACGCCCACGCUGAAGAAGCAGCGGCCCCUGCUGCCCAGAGAGACGGUGCCAGUGGUGCAGCGGGCCGUGGCGUGGAACCCCACGGCCAAGUUCCAGACCUCCUCGCAGAAGUGGCACAUGCAGAAGGUCCAGCGGCAGCAGUUGAACCAGCAGCCCGCCGCCGACUCCACGCAGCCGCAGGAGGUCUCCCCGGGGCCCGGCCCGGCCCCGACACAUCCAACCCAGACCCUGGCAGCAGCCGCCCCGCCACUGACCCCAUCGCAGCCGGCGCAAAGCACUCGCUACCAAACCAGGCAGGCGGUCAAAGCAGUUCAACAGAAAGAUAGUCCAUUAAGCAGUUCACCUUCGUCAGCCGUUACCCUGGUGACCAGCAGCAUGGCUUCUGCGGCAAUGGCGGCAGUGUCUAGCACAGCGUGCUCCUCCUCCUCGAUGCCUGGAGAUGUGCAGAUCCCUAUUGCCUCGGCUGACGUGGCGGCAGAUAUUGCCAAAUAUACCAAUAAAAUAAUGGAUGCAAUCAAAGGAACAAUGACUGAAAUCUACAAUGACCUUUCCAAAAGUACCUCAGGGAAUACAGUAGCAGAGAUACGGCGGCUAAGAAUUGAAAUAGAGAAACUCCAGUGGCUUCAUCAGCAAGAGUUAUCCGAAAUGAAGCACAACCUGGAGCUGACCAUGGCAGAGAUGAGGCAGAGUCUGGAGCAGGAGAGAGAGAGGCUGGUGGCGGAGGUGAAGAAGCAGAUGGAGGUGGAGAAGCAGCAGGCGGUGGACGAAACAAAGAAGAAGCAGUGGUGUGCUAACUGCAGGAAGGAGGCCAUCUUCUACUGCUGCUGGAACACCAGCUACUGCGACUACCCCUGCCAGCAGGCCCACUGGCCGGAGCACAUGAAGUCCUGCACGCAGUCAGCCACUGCCCCCCAGCAGGAAGUGGAGACAGAGCCUGCUACAGAGGGUUCAAACAAGAGUUCAGGACCACCCAACAGUGUCCCGGUGCCCCUCAGAGAACCUGCAGUCCCUCCUCUGUCGGAUAAGGACAGCAACUUAGAGAAGAGCUCAGAGACUGUUAGUCAUAACCCAUCUUUCCAAACUUGACUAUGUACAGCGGUAAAAAAUUAACAGCAAAAUGCUAAAACAAUGGUGUCUUUACAAACUCCAGCUAUGGGAUCAACCUAUAGGAUUGCUUAUUUGCUUCCUUUAGUUUCUUCUCUUUUUAUGAACCGGUGUACACCCUGAGCUCCACGGACUCAACUCUUUUCAAUGUUACCAAAUGCACAUAAGGACUACAUGUCCCAGUGAUCCAAUUUAUAUAUUUCCCCCCACUUUUCUUUGCCAGUGCCAAUAUCGUGGACAGCCUAAGCAGCCUUUUGUGUAGGGAAAGAAUUGAUCAUGUAUAUGAAAAAGAAGAUCAAAAAUCCAAUGAUAUUGGCCACAUUAUUAUUUUGCUCAAAGGACUAUCGAAAGGAAUGUCUGUGAAUUUCUGUAAUAUAUAUUUAUUAUGGUUCUUGUAAUAUUGCCUCAUGUAUAGUAAAGAAAAGCUUUUUUUUAUGUGGGAAAGCCUGUGAUUUUAAAGAUUGUUUUGUCAUAUUCUCAAUGUCCUUGUUAGUUCUUGUCUCAACUCCAUCUUGUAGCAGUCUGUCAUUAAAGAAUUAACCCCAAAUGAUAUUGUAAUUAUAAAAGUACAAAGGUACAAAAUUUAAAUUUAGAAUUAUAUUACAUUUCAGAACAAUGCAGAACUGUAAAUAUUUUACCAAUUGUUGCCUUUUUUAUUUCAUUAUUUAUUGUGAUAUUUUUUUUCAGAUCAGUCCACUUGCUUUUCAUUGGAGGCACUUACACGAUUGUUGUAUUAUGCUCUACAGUAAAUUUUAUGUUGAGGAAAAUAA